CAGUACAAACAGUCUGUCGCAGAGCCAUGGCGAGACGUGUACGUCACCUCGUACCACGUUUGUUUUUAUCAAGGUACACAAGGCCGGAGGUACCACUGCACUCUCCAUCAUGCACAGGCUGGCCGUGGUACGAAACCUGAGCGCAGUGAUUCCCCGUAUGUCGGUGGUACUCGGACAUCCCUUCCAGCUCCGUCUCGAAGACUACCACGCCUUAAAGGAAGGGAAGUUCGACGUCUUAGGGGAACACUCCGUCUACAAUCGUGACGUCAUGGACAGUAUCAUGAAGAAAGACGUCGUGUACCUUGCCGUCUUACGUAAGCCAGUGUCGCAACUUGCGUCGACGUUCCACCAUUACGGCAUAGAGCGAAAGUAUAGAAUGAGAGCGCGUGGUUCUGUCUCAAACAAUCCCGUUGAGAACUUUCUCUUGAACCCUUGGCGAAGGGUGCCAAAACCGUAUCGCGACGGGAGAAACACUCCUUACUCUAAGUACAGAAACUGGCAAGCGACUGAGAUGGGUUUCCCUCUCGGAUUAUCAGACAACAAGGCCGCUACUCGCGACUGGAUUCACAGCACGGGGCGAGAGUUCUUUUUCGUCAUCAUCCUCGAACAUUUCGACGAAUCUAUGGUGAUGUUACGGAGGCUGAUGUGCUGGGAGGUAAAGGAUAUUAUAUAUCUGCGACCGUCAUUGUCAAGGUCGUAUAAAUACAAGGCUAAACCGCCGUCAGAGCAGGCACUCCGGAACCAUAGAAACUUCAGCGCUGUGGACUACGCUCUACACGAAUAUUGGAACGCUUCACUAUGGAGACGAAUAUCAAAGCAAGGCGUAGACUUCCACGAAGAAGUUGCCGCGUACAAGCAAAUAAAUUCAGACGCUGCCAGCUACUGUGAAAUGGCGUCCAAAGAGGGCGUCCCACCCAAGGUUUUUCCGCAAACAAAAUGGUCUGCACGGUUUGAAAUCGACCCACUGUUUUGUAAACUUUUGAACCUAUUCACAGUGGAAAUAAGGAACCUGCUUUUUUACACGAUGCAGGCACAAGGGAGGCUGAAACAGUUCCAGAAGGAAAGUGAAAAGCUUCACCAGUACACGAUCAAAUGGCAGGACGUUGUUAAGCAUAACUUCCAAAGAAUUGCAAGUAAGAAGAGCAAGAAGAAACAUAAAGGGUAGACAGAGUCUCCUGCAAGGAUAGAGCGUAAUUAUAAGGAGGUUCGUUGUAAAAAGAUCACAAACAACGGGACAAAACUUACCAAAAACACGUAAAUAACAGGAGAAAAUAGAAUAUUCAAAAUAUGGCCUUUUGACUUGAAGAAUUAUCAGUGAUCAGUACGUAAAGCUAGUAGUUAACAAACAUUGUAGCCAUCUCUUUUCAAGUCUUUAUCGAUUCAGAAGCUUUGCUUGGAAAUUACUUCCCGAAGUGUGUUUCUAUCAACGCUACCACAGUUUGAGGCGACAUCUUAACUGAACUGAUUUACUAAAUGCAGUACUAGUUGGGACUACUAGAUAGCGCUCCGAAACUUUUUGCAGUACUGGUCGAUUCUGCUAGGCGACGCUCGUGAUUAGUGCACGCUGCAUGGGCUCUUAGCAAAAGUAACUCACUCACAGACACAGCGUCCUUGUGACUAUAAAUUGUCUGUAAGAUAUGUUUGUGGCUGGAGUGCGUCAUUCCCUCAGAAAUAAAAUCUAAAUCUUAUAAAAAGAUACAGCUACGAUUCCAGAGGCAAGUUUUUGAAAGGAUCGUAAGCUUCUUACUGCACGUUUGGUACCAAAGUGAUUUUGCGCCAGAUUCACAAAUUCCCAGUCCGUGAAGACGAUCUAAAGUUUCUCAGAAAUGCA